AUGUCUCGCUCAACCACGGCAACAACCACGUACAAUCUCGUCAAGUAUUCACGGUCAUAUCCUCAGGCAGCUGGAUCCGACCAGCUGGAUCAAGAAUGGCAGCAUUUCACUAAUCCGGUCAUUCGUCUUGUAGUCGAUGUGAAGAAAGCCUCGAGCGGCGACCUGGAAAAUUUCAGGACUCGGAUUCUUUGGACACUACAAGCUAGCAACGACUGCAUGGAUGUUGACCAACGCGAAGUUGUAUUUGAAGACCUUGAUCUUCUCGCAUUUUCCUCUAUCCCUCUCUUGAAAGACAGGAUCAUCACAUCUCAAGGCCUACCACUCAAGGCUGUCUACCGCGAUGCUGUGAUUGGAAUCCGUUAUCUUCACCCGCGUAUUGUCCCCGCAGGAGCAACACCGUCCUACAGACGCUUUCAGAUAACAUUUCAGUCCGCCUCUCAAGCCACUUGUUUCAUCGAGUCGAUCAAAUUUGUCUGCCCGUGCAAAGCUAAUCAGGUACCCCCGGUCAGCCGCACUAUCAACAGGGCUGCUACGAUGGUCCAAGCAUCCGUCAUGGGGCCGCCCGUUGGUGACACUGCAUCGGGAAUCCCAAGACCUUCUGUUCCCCCCGGAUUUGGGCGCAUGCAGGUUCCCCAUGGAUCUAGCAUGUCUAGCCAUCUUAGUUUCGCUCCAGAAACGCCCUCUCAGCAACGUGACGUUCUUCUUUCCUCUGCUACUCAGCGUCCUUGGGACCAGCCUCCGCCAUUCAAUGCAUGCACUCCUGUGACGUCUCUGCUGCCGCGCUCCAGUACUGCAUCCUCCGAACGCCAGCGUCUUCCUAUUAACACGUCCGUAUCGCCCUGGGACUCGUCUUCAACGAACCUCAGCGCUUUCACGCAUUCUGAACCUUCGCACAUUUCUAUGGCGUCUAGUGAGAACAGCUACUCUAGGCAAGAAACGCUCUCUCUUGCGCCAACUGCACCCAGUCCAACCGAGCCGAUACCUGCGCCAAUACAACAGACUGCAGCGAAAGAGAACAUAUCUCCUACUUCUCAGCGUAUUCUAGCCUGCCUCGAGGAGACGCCCUCACUCUAUGAUCUGUCGCGUGGAGACCUCGAGGAAGUAGUCGCCAAGGUUGUCCGCGAAGAGGGAUUCUUGAAACUGCUCGAGCAGCUGGACUCGAUGUGGAAGAUCAAGAGUGUCUUAGAUCUACCCUGUUCUUGA